CACCUGCUUCUCCACAACAUUCUAUCAGAAAAAAAGAUCUCUCUCGUCUCCUAUCAACGCCUCCAAGUGGUCGAAGACCGGUAAAGACCUCUCUCUCUCUCUCAUAUCACAGACGAAAUCUAUGAUAGCCUCAACGAUUCCAACGCAGAACGGACUCUCUUUCCAAGCAUUCCGUUCCACCAGCAUCUCUCGUUGUGGUUCUCGUUUAAACCCUCUCAUAAGGGCUACCUCGGCUUCAACUCAAACGUUAACUACCGAGUCAUCUCGGAAACACCUCUCCAACCUCGAUAAGCUACUCCAUCAGCAGGCCCCAUCACUGCCACAACAGGACUCAACGCCUCUACAAAAUGAUUCAUUUAAUGGAUCGUCGCCAGAAAAAAGGGUUAAUCAUCUCUUCCAAGGCUUGAAUUUGUCAAGAAUUUGGCCGGAGAUGAAGGCGGCGGAGGAGAUUUCACCGCGACACCUGAACCGCCUUCAGCGCCUCCUCUCCAAAUCCCAUGAAUAUUCCCCGAGGAACAAUCUCGGCAGCCGGUGGCGGGAGUACCACGGGUCAAACGACUGGGUCGGACUCAUCGAUCCCUUGGAUGAGAAUCUCCGCCGAGAAGUCGUCAGAUUUGGUGAAUUCAUCCAGGCCGCGUAUCAUGCCUUCCACUCCAACCCUGCCACGUCGGAUGAAGUGCCUCCCUCGCCCCACCAUGUGGCUGUGCCUGAUAGGUCCUACAAGGUGACCAAAGAUCUUUACGCGACUUCAUCAAUAGGACUACCUUCUUGGGUAGAUGACUUGGCCCCCAAUCUCGGGUGGAUGACUCAACGGUCCAGCUGGAUCGGCUACGUGGCGGUUUGCGAUGACAAGAGUGAGAUAUCAAGGAUGGGAAGGAGAGACAUAGUCAUCUCUCUUCGUGGGACUGCCACGUGUUUAGAAUGGGCCGAGAACAUGAGAGACGUCCUAGUUCGGGUCCCGGGAAAGGAAAACUCUGGACGGAACCAGCCGGUCAAGGUGGAAUGCGGGUUCCAGAGUUUGUACAAGACUCCCGGUUCAAACAUGCCAUCUCUAGCCGAGUCGGUGAUGGAAGAGGUACGUAGAUUAAUGAACCUAUACAAGGGUGAGACGUUAAGCAUCACGGUGACGGGUCACAGCCUGGGUGCAGCUCUAGCCCUUCUAAUAGCCGACGAACUGAGCACCUGUGAACCGGAUAUGCCACCGAUUGCGGUCUUCUCCUUCGGCGGUCCUCGAGUUGGGAACCGGACUUUUGGGGACCAGGUCACCAAAAACGGGGUCAAGGUGUUAAGAAUCGUUAACUCGCAAGAUGUGAUCACGAGGGUUCCAGGCAUGUUCGUGAGUGAAGAGUUAGACCAGAAGCUAAGGGACAACUCAAAGGUGGCCGGGGUAUUGAACGUGUUGGAUAACAUGCCAUGGGCGUACUCGCACGUGGGAGCAGAGCUACGUGUGGAUAGUAAGAUGUCACCGUAUCUGAAGCCAGAUGCUGAUGUGGGAUGCUGUCAUGACCUGGAGGCUUACCUGCACUUAGUUGACGGGUUCAUGGGGACCAAUAGUCCGUUCAGAGCAAACGCGAAGAGAAGCCUAGCGAGAUUGGUCAAUGAACAAAAGUCAAAUGUGAAAAAAUUGUAUAUAAGCAAGGCCAAGGACUUGAAUAUUGAGAAGCAAGCGGUGGCCAUCCCAAGUUGUUUGCCAAGUCCAUCGUGAUUCAUCUCAGUUUGAUCAAAGAUGUAAGGCAGAUGUUGGACCGGAGACUGGUCUGGUCCAAGUCAGGGCUAAGUUGUGGGUGGGUGGCUGGUCCAUGACACUCCAAUUCCAUGUUGGGGUAGUUUGCCUGACGUUAUAACUAUAAAGUUCACCCAAUAAAAUUUUAAUUUGUGAAAUGAACUUUCGUAUUC